AUGUCAUUCACUCUUCCAGCAAAAUAUUUAUUUGAAAAUAUUUCUGUCCAAUUGGUGCGAUCAUUAUCGAGUCAAUCAUCAAGUCUUCGGUUAACUGUCGAUGUCCAAAGUUCUUUCAAAAUCAAUAAAAUAUUAAUCAUGCAAUCAUUGACUAUAUACGCACGAUUAGUUGCACGUGCUGUUAGUGGUACCGAAGCGGAAAAUUUUUUAUAUAAUAGUUUAUUACGUGUAUCAACAUCAUCGUCUAUUCAUCAUUCUCAAUCUUCUAAUCGUUCAGCUAUAUCAUCAUCACCAGCAAUAACACGUGCUGUACAUCUAGUCACUGCUACAUCAGGUUAUUCAGGUCAUGAUGAUGAUGAUGAAGAUGAAAAAGGACAUGUAGGAAAAAAAAAGAAGAAUUCAUCAAAAAUACAGCGAACAAAUCGAUCGAAUGUUUAUGGUGAUGAUGCAUUUUUUAUAGCUAAAAGUCGUAUAGGAGAUUUUCUUGGUGUUGCUGAUGGUGUUGGUGGUUGGCGUGAAUAUGGUAUUGAUCCAUCUUUAUUUUCAAGUUCUCUUAUGGAAGCAUGUAAAUGUUUGAUUGAUAAUAAACUUCUUGAUUUAAAUCCUUUAACGUUAAAAGAACUACUUUCAAAAGGUUAUAAACAAUUAUUAGAAGAUAAGCAAUGUAUUAUUGGUAGUAGUACCGCAUGUAUUGUUGCAUUACAUAAAGAAAAAAGUAUUUUACAUACAGCAAAUUUAGGUGAUAGUGGAUUUGUUGUUAUAAGAAAAAAUACUAUUGUACAUCGAUCACAAGAACAACAACAUUAUUUUAAUUCACCAUUCCAAUUAGCUAUACAUCCGACAAUUAAAGAUCCAAAUUUAAUUUCUGAUAGUCCUGAUGUAGCAUCGGUUACGUCAUUUAAUGUUGAAGAAAAUGAUUUUAUUGUUAUUGCAACCGAUGGUUUAUGGGAUAAUUUACCAGAUUCAACUGUACUUGAAGAAAUUAAAAAGAUAAUAGAACCAACGUUGGAUAAUUUACAACAAACUGCACAUGCUUUAGCUAAACGUGCAUUAGAGAAUGGACAUGAUCCAAAUUUCUAUUCACCAUUUGCUAAAAAUGCUAGAAGAUCAUUAGGCAUCAAUAUCUGUGGUGGAAAACCUGAUGAUAUUACAGUAUUACUUGCUGUUGUAACGCCUACAGGCAAUGGAUUUGUUGUUGUUCAUUUUCUUUGUCUUCUCAUCAAAUUUACCCGACACGUACUAUUUUUUCUCAUUCUCAUCAUUCAAAGAAAAAAUCAAACAAAUAAUAGACUUGAUUAUUUGUAG